CCCUGGGCGCGCCACUCCGAGUUCCAGCUUCCAGAGGAGGCUCCGGCAGGCGGCCAACGCUGGGCAGGCAGCCCAGCCUCGGCGCUCCGCCUAGGCUGCGACCUCGAGUCCUCGGCCCACGGCAGCCACGCCCAGGGAGCCGCGGAUCCCUGCCCCCCCUGGGCCCUCGCCCACCCCGGCCCAGGAGGACGACCCGCCGCAGGACGGUUCUCUUGUCCUUUGGCGAGGAUUCUCCAAGGCGUCUCAACACAUGGGCCGGCUCAGAAACGCCAAGAUCCACGUGGAGAGAGCUAUCAAGCAGAAGAAGAUUUUCAUGAUCCAAGGCUGCUACCCUGUGAUCCGGUGGCUUUUGCGCCGGAGGGGCUGGGUGGAGAAGAAGAUGGUCCAUCACUUGGGUACCACGCUGCCACCACCACACAAGGAUCUGGGUGACAGUGACACCACUGAGGAUGAGGACGAAGAUGAGGAUGAAGCAUUCCGGCUACCACAGCUGUUCGACUUCGAUGAUUUACUGGAAUUUGAUGACCUGCAUGGGACGCAUGCUCUGAUGUCGCGCAUGGUUCGGAACGAGAUCCCCUACUUCAUCUGGACCACUCGGCGGAACAUGCUGGACUGUCGCUUCCUCUCCAAGGAUCAAAUGAUAAACCACUAUGCCCAGGCGGGCUCCUUUACCACAAAGGUGGGUCUGUGUCUCAAUCUCCGGAAUUUGCCGUGGUUUGACGAGGCCGAUGCCGACUCCUUCUUCCCGCGCUGCUACCGCCUGGGGGCUGAGGAUGACAAAAAGGCCUUCAUAGAGGACUUCUGGCUGACAGCUGCCCGCAACGUUCUCAAGCUGGUGGUAAAGUCAGAAUGGAAGUCAUACUCUAUCCAAGCAGAAGAGGCAGAGGCCCCAGGUGCAAAGAAGACGGUCAUGUGUCGGGAUCAGGGGCACAAAGGCCCCAGGCGUGUCAGAACUCCCAAGCACGGAGAGGCUGCAGGAGACAAGCAGCCCAAGAAACAAGAGAAAAAGCCGGUGACGGUGUCCCCAGAGUUUGUGGAUGAGGCUCUGUGUGCCUGCGAGGAGCACCUUAACAACGUGGCCCACGUGGACAUUGACAAGGACAUGGAGGCCCCGCUCUACCUGAGCCCUGAGGGCUGGUCCCACUUCCUCCAGCGCUACUAUCAAGUGGUCCACGAGGGGGCAGAACUCAGGUACCUCGACACUCAGGUCCAGCGCUGUGAGGACAUCCUGCAGCAGCUGCGGGCCGUGGUGCCCCAGAUGGACAUGGAAGGAGAUCGCAACAUCUGGAUCGUGAAGCCGGGAGCCAAGUCCCGUGGACGAGGCAUCAUGUGCAUGGACCACCUGGAGGAGAUGCUGAAGCUGGUGGAUGGCAAUCCUAUGAUGAUGAAGGACGGCAAGUGGGUGGUGCAGAAGUAUAUUGAGCAGCCCCUGCUCAUCUUUGGCACCAAGUUUGAUCUGAGACAGUGGUUCCUGGUGACCGACUGGAACCCGCUUACUGUGUGGUUCUACCGCGACAGCUACAUCCGCUUCUCUACACAGCCCUUCUCCUUGAAGAACCUGGACAACUCCGUGCACCUGUGCAACAACUCCAUCCAGAAGCGCCUGGAGAAUUCGUGCCACCGACACCCACUGCUGCCCUCAGAUAACAUGUGGUCAAGCCAGAAGUUCCAGGCCCACCUGCAGGAGAUGGGGGCCCCGAACGCCUGGUCCACCAUCAUCGUGCCUGGCAUGAAGGCUGCAGUGAUCCACGCCCUGCAGACCUCCCAGGACACCGUGCAGUGUCGGAAGGCCAGCUUCGAGCUCUAUGGCGCUGACUUUGUGUUCGGUGAGGACUUCCAGCCCUGGCUGAUCGAGAUCAACGCCAGCCCCACCAUGGCACCCUCCACGGCUGUCACCGCCCGGCUCUGUGCCGGCGUACAGGCCGACACCCUGCGCGUGGUCAUCGACCAGCGGCUGGACCGCAGCUGUGACACGGGGGCCUUCGAGCUCAUCUACAAACAGCCUGCCGUGGAGGUGCCCCAGUAUGUGGGUAUCCGGCUCCUAGUAGAGGGCUCCACCAUCAAGAAGCCCCUGGCGAUGUGUCACCGGCAAAUAGAAGCCCGCCCAGCCCUCCCUCACCUGCUGACCCAGCGAGGCUCUGGGGAAGGCAAGGACUCGGGAACCCUUACCCACAGGUCAGCUUCUAGGAAAGUUGCUGGGGCCAGGAGCCUGGGGCACACUGAGAAGCCAGACUCCGCUGCCACCACCUCGGCCCCUGGAAAGGGGAAGAAAGGCAAGGCGAAAAGUGCCACAGCCCUGGUCCGCCCCAGUCUCCGGAAGUGGGACCCCCCGAGCACGAUGAUGGGCUGCAUUUUCACCAUGACCUUUGCUAGUGGGGACAGGCAUCCCCACCCCUUGAACAGAUUGCCAUUGAGUCUGAAGAACCCCCGGGCCCUGGUUCCUCAUCAUGGCUGUUUUAUUCAUAGCACUGAUCACUACUGCCCUCAGCACAUCAACCAGCUCCUCCCUACUGACGUUCUCUGGCCGCAGCAGCCCCGAGAAAGGCUGGUCAUCCAGGGGCCCCGACCGUUUGCUGGAGCCUCGACGUUGCUGCUGAUGCCUGGAAAAGGUUAGGUCCAUCCAUGUUGCUGCAAAUGGCAUUAUUUCAUUCUUUUUUAUGGCUGAGUACUAGUCCAUUGUAUAUAUGUACCACAUCUUCUUCACCCAUUCAUCUGUUGAUGGACACUUAAGUUGCUUCCAUAUCUUGGCUAUUGUAAGUAGUGCUGCUAUGAGCAUUGGGGGGCACAUUUCUUUUUGAAUUAGAGUUUUUGUCUUUUCCAGAUAUAUGGCCAGAAGUGGGAUUGCUGGAUCAUAUAGCAGCUUUAUCUUUAGUUUUUUAGGGACCCCCAUACUGUUCUCCAUAGUGGCUGCACAAUUUCCAUUCCCACCAACAGUGUAGGAGGGUUCUUUUUCUCCACACCCUCUCUAGCAUUUAUUAUUUGUAGACUUUUUGAUGAUGGCCAUUCUGACUGGUGUGACGUGAUACCUCAUUGUAGUUUUGAUUUGCACUUCUCUAAUAAUUAGCAAUGUUGAGCAUCUUUUCAUGUGCCUACUGGCCAUCUAUAUGUCUUCUUUGGAGAGAUGUCUAUUUAGGUCUUCUGCCCAUUUUUUGAUUGGGUGGUUUGCUUUUUUUGAUACUGAGCUAUAUAAGCUGUUUUUAUAUUUUGGAAAUUAAGCCCUUGUCAGUUGCAUCUUUUGCAAAUAUUUUCUCCCACUCUGGAGGUUGUCUUUUCAUUUUGCUUAUGGUUUCCUUUGCUGUGCAAAAGCUUUUGAGUUUAUUUAGGUUGCAUUUGUUUAUUUUUGCAUUUAUUUCCAUUAUUCUAGGAGACAGAUCCAAAAUAAAUAUUGCUGCGAUUUAUGUCAAAGAAUGUUCUGCCUCUGUUCUCCUCUAGGAGUUUUAUAGUAUCCAGUCUUACAUUUAGGUCUUUAAUUCAUUUUGAGUUUACUUUCGUAUAUGGUAGUAGAGAAUGUUCUCAUUUCAUUCUUUUAUAUGGAGCUGUUCAGUUUUCCCAGCACCACUUAUUGAAGAGACUGUCUUUUCUCCAUUGUAUAUUCUUACCCGCUUUGUCGAAGAUUAAUUGACUGUAGGUAUGGGUUUAUUUCUGUGCUCUCUAUUUCCUUCCAUUGAUCCAUAUGUCUAUUUCUGUGCCAAUACCAUGCUGUUUUGAUUACUGUAGCUUUGUAGUAUUGUCUGAAGUCUGGGAGGGUUAUGCCUCCAGCUUUGUUCUUUUUCCUCAGGAUUGCUUUGGCAAUUCUGGGUCUUUUGUGUUCCCAAAGUCCUUCUGGUAGGCAAACUUAUUUUGGAAAUUGUCAUUUACCAUAUUCAUUACAUGAUCUGCUCAAGCCUCAGAUUAAGCAGACAUUAGUUUCAGAAUUAAUUGUAAUUUUUUUUGUUGUUUGUUUUUUUGGUAGAAAAAGUGCUGUUUCCUAUAACCCCACAUUAUGGAGAAUGGUUUGACAACAGAGUUCUCUCUUCCCUUAGACCUUACCAACUUUCCAGAUAGAACCCCACCCUCAGCUCGCAAAGAACAGAAGCAAAGAAAAUGUAUCAGCAUAAAUAAUUUAUUGCGAACUCUCUAGUAUCAUACACGAGUGGGUUGACAAUUCACUCAGAAGCAUUUGGGACAGGAGGCCAGGAGGUAGGCAGUGUAAUGAAAGUGUAGCACGUGAAGACAGGUUGCUGAGGGGCAGCCUUCCUGCCAUAGCCUGCUGGUGACCAGUCUUGGCCCGCGAAGCUACCUGGGGCAGGAAGGAGCCGGGCCAGGCCAAGAGCCCUCAGUUCUCCUUUGGCCAGCCCAGGCCAGGUUUCCGGCCCUUCCCCCUGCUUCAUCAUUCAUGUUCCUGUGGGGCUGAGGGAGGUGUUGGGAAGGUAAGAAGCUCUCUAGCUGCCAGGCUUGUGGGUGCUACCAGCUGAGCAUGGGGUCCCCGGUCUAGUCCUUGGCUGGACUUUCAUUGCAGUAUCUUCAGACAGGUCGGGAUGAGGGAUGGGGCUUUGCUCUUGGAGGGCUGCCCUCCCUCUGUGGCAUCCAGGAGCUGCUGCAGGUAACGGGAGGUGCCGAGCAGCACGUGGCCUGCGGCCUGCGUGCUGAAGAGGGCCCAGCGGAGAGCUUCUCUGGGUGGGAUGAGAAGGCACUAGGGUCAAAACACAAAGAAAGCCCCUUCCUCCUCCCCCUAAAUGCCUGCUCCCCCACGCCGCGUUCAUAACUUCAUAAACUGUAGAGUGGUGUGCAAACAGAACAGAUGCUGCCCUCCCUCAGCAAAUGGGACAGGGUCUACAGUGUUACCUGCAAUCGUACCUUAACUGAGACAUCCACAACCUCCCUCUUCUCAUGCAAAAUUCAAGCUCAUUUAACAAGGCCUUUUAUUUUUCUAAUGCUACUUGGGGCCAGCCAGACUGAUCUCUGUCACAUGACUCUGCCCUUCACAACCUCUGUUCUAGACAGAAGUGUUUCCAAGUCAUUUGUAGUCUAGCUAAUUUUCAGAGUGCUGGACGUGAAGAUCUCCAUGUCUGGUGUUGCAGUGUACUGAGGACAGAACUCCAGUCAGACAGGCCUGAGUUCUAAUUCAGUUUCAUUAGCUGUGGCAACCUUGGCAAACUUCUAUAGCUCUGAGCUUCGGCACCCUCAUCUGUAAAGUGAGAUCAUACCAUUUUGAUCCCACACAGGGUUAGGAGGAUGAAAUAACAUAAAUCACUUAACACAGGACCUGAUAUGUAGAAGAGAAGGGGAAACGUAGGGUCAAGACUAGCUGGUUGAAUGCUUGACUACUUUAACCAAAUUCUUAUCCAGAUCUGUUUGAAAGAGAUAGGUGAGGGUCACUAGGGGUGUCUAGUCCUAGGAGGGUUCAGGGAGAAGAAAACAAAAGGAAAAUAAAUUCUUUCUGGCUGAUAUUAAAACUUGUCUUCUAUUAACCUUCAUUCAGUAAAUGAACUUAUGUUAUGGCUGAGGUGGAGGGGGACAGGAAGACAAUUAGAAUCAUAAACAUCUGUAUAUGAAAAUACUUAAAAAAUUUAAAGGUGAAACCUGAGAAGUAUACCCAUUUCUCAAAUUAGAGAACUGAGGCUUCAAACCAGCUGUCUGGACAUGAAUAGGAAUGAAAUUCUGACACAUGCUACAAUAUGGAUGAACUUUGAAAACAUUAUGCUAAGUAAAAUAAACCAGACACAAAAGGGCAAGUAUUGUAUGAUUAUACCUACAUGAGUUGCCUAGAAUAGGAAAAUUAAUGGAGACAGGAAGUAGGACAGAGGUUAGCAGGGCUGGGGGAAGGGGGUGUGGAGAGUUAGUGUUUAAUGGGUACAGAGUUACAGUUUGGGAUGAUGAAAAAGUUCUGGAAAUAGAUUUACAAGUAACUGUUGCACAACACUGUGAAUGUACUUAACGUCACUGAAUUUUAUACUUAAAAAAAAGUGGUUAAAAUGGUAAAUUUUACGGUAUGUGUAUUUUACCACCAUUAAAGAAAAAACACUUGCUGACGCCACUAAGUCAUUCCACUGA